CAACCAUCCAAAUCAAACCCCCCACCACGCCAAAAAAAAAAAGAUGAUGCUCGGCGAGCCUCACCGCCCAAAUCCAACCAUCCACGUCCCGCCGUGGCUCAACCUCGACGAUCCAACGGCCGAGAUGUUCUCCCCCUACCCCCUCAGCGGCGUCGGCGUCACCACCCCCAAUGCCAACUCCUCCCACCACCUCAACGACGCCCUCGCCGCCCUCCAGCGCUACUUCCCCUCCAACGAGUUCUCCGACCCGGACCCGGACUCGGACUCCGAAUUCUCGGGUCUCGACCCGGACUCCCCGGUCGACGCCUACUCCUGCGACCACUUCCGCAUGUUCGAGUUCAAAGUCCGCCGCUGCGCGCGUGGCAGGUCACAUGACUGGACCGACUGCCCGUUCGCCCAUCCGGGCGAGAAGGCCCGGCGCCGCGACCCGAGGAAGUUCCACUACUCGGGUUCGGCCUGCCCCGACUUCCGCAAGGGCCACUGCAAGAAGGGAGACUCCUGCGAGUUCGCGCACGGCGUUUUCGAGUGCUGGCUGCACCCGGCGCGCUACCGGACCCAGCCCUGCAAAGACGGGACCAGCUGCAAGAGGAGGGUCUGCUUCUUCGCCCACACGCCGGAGCAGCUUAGGGUUUUGCCCCAGCAACUUAGUCCUCGUGGUUCAAAUUCGGUCAGCAACUCCGGUGCCGCGGCGGAGUCGUAUGACGGGUCUCCUCUAAGGCAGGCGAUGGCGGCGUUGGAGAUUUCCCCGGAUGAUUCGCCGCCGAUGUCGCCGCUGAUGAGCCGGUCGCUGGGGUCGAGCUCGGUGAGUGAGAUGGUGGCGUCGAUGAGGAACUUGCAGCUUGGGAAGGUCAAGUCUCUGCCCAGGAACUGGGAUGUUCAAGUCGGGUCAUCGCCCGGGUUUGUUUCCCCACGCGGGUCGAUGCUCCGACCCGGUUUCUGUAGCCUGCCUUGCACUCCGACCCGGGUCCCGGCCCGGUCUGCGAUCGGGUUUCUGGAUUUCUGUGAUGAGGGUUGUGAGGAGGAGGUUCCGAUGGAGAGGGUGGAGUCUGGGAGGGACUUGAGGGCCAAGAUGUUUGAGAGGCUGAGGGAGGAGAAUUCUCUGGGGCGGGUCGGGUCGGCCCAGGGUCAGGGAUGUUCGGUUGCUCCGGAUGUUGGGUGGGUUUCUGAGCUGGUGAACUGUGAAUGAGCCAAGUGGCUUUGGCUUGGCAAGCAAGGAUUUUAAUUCUAUUUUGGGUUUCCAUUUGAAUUUGGUGGCCUCUAAUUAUCCCUAUUUUGCUUUAAUCUCUCUUGUCAUUUGUGAAUAGAGUCCGGAAUCGGAGAGCUGGAAAUUUGAUUUCGGAAGCCAAGUGAAGCUGAAGAUUUCAAGAUUAUGUGUAUAUAUUAAUGGGUGAAGAGUAGAAUCUAUCGCUUUUGGGAUCGUUUCGGGGAAGGUAGUAGGGACUCUUCUGAGUUUAGAUCGGCAAUGCCCCUUUUCUUGUGUAUAUAAGGUUAAGCAGAGUGGAGUAUGAUUGCUCUCCCUUUUGUUAAUUUCUGCAUUUUAGGAUCAUCAUCGUCGUCGCCACCAUUGCCUGCUUCUCUACCAUUGUAAAAAUCUAUGGAUAUUAUGUAAUGCUUGGCUCUUUCAUCCCAAUGGAACUUAUUAAUGUAACCUCGUAUUUAUAUUAACAUUCAAUCGUCUUGUUUGCUCU